ACACAUGCAAUGUUUCCACAGGAACAGGAAAUGACAUAUUAUUGCUUCUCUGUCUUUUCAAGGAUGGCGGUAAACGAAGGGGACGAGGCCACUGUUUCUCUUGUGGAUGUUUUGGAAGAAGAUGAAGAGUUAGAAAAUGAAGCAUCUGCCGUUUUAGGCGGUAGCGAUUCGGAGAAAUGUUCAUACCCCGAGGGCUACGUGAAGCGGCAGGCUCUCUACGCCUGUAACACAUGCACACCCAGAGGCAGUGAGCCGGCCGGGAUCUGUCUGGCCUGCUCCUACAAAUGCCACGAGGGACACGAUCUCUUCGAGCUCUACACCAAACGGAAUUUUCGCUGCGAUUGUGGGAAUGGAAAAUUUGGAGAAUUUGAGUGCAAACUAUAUCCUGAGAAAGAAAACCUGAACACUGAUAACAAAUAUAGCCACAACUUCUUUGGUCUUUACUGCACCUGUGACAGACCAUACCCAGACCCAGAGGAUGAGGUCCCAGAUGAAAUGAUCCAGUGUGUGGCGUGUGAGGACUGGUUCCAUGGGAGGCAUUUGGGCUGUGCGGUCGCUGAGGGCGUGGAGCUGCAGGAGAUGGUGUGCGAGUCCUGCAUGAACAAGGCAGCCUUCCUGUGGACCUACUCCGCCCACCUAGCAGUGCCCCCGGUGGUCAAAGACAGUCCCUGCAAGGUGGAGGUGGAAGAGGAAUCGAAGCCGGACGUGAAGGAGGAGAAGAAAGGCGAGGAGGAGAAGAAAGGCAAGGAGGAGAGCAGCGCUCAGGGGGAUGGGCCGUCCACCAGUCUGGACUGUCAGGGAGAGAAGGUGACGGUAAACGGCGGGGCAGGCUGCAAGCGGAGCCAUCAGGAGAUGGAGGGCAAGGCCGAGGGGGUAGAGUGCAAGCUGACUGCACUGAAGGCCGAGGGCCGCGAGAGAGCCCGGGAGGGGGCCGUGUUCUGGCCCUCGCCGUGGCGUACCAAACUGUGCACCUGCGCCUCCUGCAAGAGCGUCUACGCGGAGGCGGGCGUGGCCUUCCUCCUAGACGAGUCGGACACGGUCCUGGCGUACGAGAACAAGGGGAAAACCACGGAGGAGGAGGAGGGAGCCUCACAGGGGAGGGACCCGCUCAUGUCCGCCCUGAACACCCUCAACCACGUGCAGCAGCUGGAGAUCAUCUAUGAGUACAACGACAUGAAGACUGAGCUGAAGGAUUACCUCCAGAGAUUUGCAGCGGAAGGCAAAGUGGUGACCCCGGAGGAUAUUCAACGCUUCUUCGAGGAGCAGCAGGGCCGCAAGAGGAGGCGAGCCAAUGCGGGACAGUACUACUGCAGCUGAGCGCCCCCAUCCUGACCCCCACCCCUCCGUCUGCACCGAGAGCUAGGGUUUCUUACGCCAGUCACUGUUCUUUUGUUCUUCUCAAUCACCGAUUGUCAUCUGCUCUGGUCCCGUACAAUCAACCCCUACAGAGUAAUUGCUUUUAAAUGAAUAAAUGCUGGUGAAACCUUUUUUUUCCCCUCUCUAAACCAGCUGAGAGUAUUUCAGUAUUUCAAAACAGUACAUAUGUUUUGUUGUAACAUUUGUGUUUGUAGUCGUUUUUUUUCCAUUAUAAAAGACCAAGGAGCUGAAGGUUCAGUGGGCCAGCUAUCUGAGAGCUCCUGAACACAUGGCCUCUUACAAUAGCCGACUGUCUGCUCCAUGUUUGCAGUGGAACCACCAACGGAAUCAAGAAACAAAUUGUUUGGCUUGCAUGUCUGAGGCAAACGCCCUCCAAACUCUUAAAUACUAGCUUGCCCAUUUGUUGGGGGCAGGGAAUGAGAGCAGACAGGCUGACUGGUUGAAAGCUGUGCAAGUCAUUAUGGUAAUUGCGUUGUCUGGUGAGUUCAGGCUGAUCAAACGAUUGCUUUUUGCUUUGCAUGCCAGAGUCUUUCACUGAAGGUCAUGAGGCAUGUUUCCGUAUUGUUACUUUGUUCAGUUUGGCUCUGGAUCGUAACGUUGCUCCAAACCUGUCUACACAGUCAGAUGAGACCGCCUUUUAAGCCUUUGACCAAACCAUUUUGUCUGACGCUUACUUUGGUCAUAAAAGUGGUCCGUAUAAAAUUAAUAAUGAAUUGAUAUUCUCCAAAAAGGGUCUCACUGUGCAUCAACAAAAGUAUGUUAAAGGGGAUUCAUUUCAGACCGGAGGAAGUGGGAGGCUUAUUUUUCACCUUUCUGAAGCUCAUACUAGUAUGCAUAAUGCCCUACGUUGAAGACACAACUGUUCAUAUUUCAUAUUGCUGUGGGUGUCUGCUUAUUGUCCUUUCUGUAGUCACACACAAAGGUGUGCUUGGGCCUUAAUGUCAUUGUUCGAGCAAGGGGGAGGUGUCAUUACAUCACACACUGUCAUAAUGGCAGGGUAUUUUCAGGGACACUGUUUUCAUGGGAACAUUACAGAACUUUGACGGCAACAUUGUUGUUAGUUCUUCAGUCGCUUUGUAGGAUUGUUUAAUCUGAAAACAGUUUGCAGGACAGCCAUGUCUGAGCCCGCAGUGACUGGGGGUCAGCAACCAAGAUCUAAAUGUAAAAUUUGUCUCGCAUCCACUAUGUAUAGUCCGUUUCCUUUUUAAAUGUUCAAUGUUUCCAAUAAAUAAAACUGUUAAAGUAUUGGUA